AUGUUGCAGGAGCCUUGCUCCUGUGAUGAGAUGGCCUUCACAGACCAUUAUCACCUCUUACAGACCAUUGGGCAUGGUGGGUUUGGCCAAGUGAAACUAGCCCGCCAUCUACUCACUGGGGCAGAGGUAGCAGUGAAAAUCCUGCCAAAGGAAAGGCAGGUGUUUCCCGUUCUCUCUGAACCAGACAUCAUGAUGACCCUGAGCCACCCACAUGUGAUUCAGCUAUUCCAGGUUAUUGAAACUGUCCAAAAUGUCUACAUCGUGAUGGAAUACGCAGGUGGGGGACAGCUAUCUCACCACAUCCAGGCUGGUGGCAUGCAGGAGGAGGAGGCCCGAAGACUGUUCAGGCAGAUUGCAAGGGCUGUGGGCUACUGCCACAAGAAUGGUGUUGUGCACCGAGACCUGAAGGUGGAGAACAUCAUGCUGGAUGCCAGAGGCAACAUCAAGCUCAUCGACUUUGGCCUAAGUACCAAGUUCAUAUCUGGGCUGAAGUUCAACAGAUUCUGGGGCACUCUUACGUACCUUGCUCCUGAAAUCGCCUUGCAGCAAGAGUAUGAAGGCCCCCCAGUAGAUGUCUGGAGCCUGGGUGUCAUUCUGUAUUUUAUGUUGACAGGGAAAUGCCCAUUUAUGGGGAUCACCGCUAAGCACCUGCUGAAGCUGAUUGUGCGGGGAAGGUACCAAAUUCCUCACCAUGUUCCCGUGCACGCACAAAACCUCAUCUAUAAAAUACUGACUGUGAACCCCAAGCAGCGACCCUCAGUAGAGCAAAUCCUGCAGCACCCAUGGCUGAGUCAGAGAGAGCAUUCACCACAUUAUUAUCAGGAGCCACUCCCAAAACAACCAGAUCCCGCGAUAAUGACAAUCCUGUUUGAUAUGGGUUGUGACCUAUACAAUACCUGGGCGUCUGUGGUCAACAGAAAGUUUGAUGAUGCCAUGGCUACAUACCUGAUACUCCAGCACCAGAUAAGAAAGGGGGCAGGCUGCAUGUUCCAGCUGAAACCUAUGCCUGCAAGGCCUAGGCCUAGCCCACCCCUCUUGGAUCCUUCCAAUUUCCCUGGCCUCCCAAAGAGGAGUAUCAGUGAGCCUGCCCUUUACAACCUCCCCUGCCCCUCUCAGCAUCAGCUGCAGCUGCCUGAGGAGGACAAGCAGUCAGGGCAGAGGGGCAUCAGAAGGUCCAGUCUGCCUGCCAUUAAUCUCUCCUUCCUACCUACAUGGACCCCCACUCGUGCCACAGCCUCCCAGCAGGACUCUGUGUCCCAUUCGUCCAAACCCUUGAGUAUCCUCAGUAGGUGGGCUGAAGCAGCAGACAGUAGCAGUUCCUUCCAAGACACCUCCACAGGGCAAGUCCAUGACAACAGAAGACGCCAGAAGAGGGUGGCUGGAAGGAUCACAACCUGCUUUCGAUGGCUGUGUUGUUGCAUGCCGUGUGUCAGCAAAGAUGUGGCUCCCGUGGAAGGACGGCAGAGAACUCACAGCUGCAGAAACAGAGUGGCUCCAGUGGGAUGCAGAGCUGAGACAGACCAAACCCAUGGCCAGCCAGAGGACCCUGAGCUCUCUGGAUCCUGA